UUGUUUUGCGUUGCACAAAGCGAUAGACGCGACGCCAUGGCUUACGGUGUGGGAACGCAGACCGUGCGACCAAUCCACUUCCAUGCCCCAAACCGUCCAACGUCGUUGGUCGCUCGACGAGGCGUUCCCUCUGCCAUCCGGAAAUUCGACUCCUCGAGCAAGUGGCUGGUUACGGCCGGAGCGUCGCGAGUUCCAAGGGACGGCGGCCGUGAUCACACGCAGGGACUUCCUGAGUCCUUACAUCACCCUGGGCGGCAUCGCAGCGUCCUUCCUGACCAAGCGCAUCAAGCUCCUGGUGAAGCAGCAGCGGCCGGAAGGGUCUCCCUUUGACGAUCCCGGCAUGCCCUCCUCGCAUGCUCUGGUGGCCACCUUCAUGGCGGUUGGCUGGGCCUUGGAAGUGCAGUCCCGCGCGAUGUCAGCCUUCCUGCUGUGUGCUGCAGCAUUGGUCAGCGUCUUGCGCGUGGUUUGCGGCCAUCACACAUGGGCCCAGGUGAUCGUGGGUGCCCUGAUGGGCAUUGCCAUGUCCUUCGCGUGGAUGGCGCUCGGAGCAGCGAUGAUCCGCAGCCCCAGCAGCCUGGCCGUCACGGCGGUCUAUGUGCUCUACCUCUGUGGAAGCGUUGUCUUUUUAGCGAAGGGCAUCAAGAAAAGUCGAAAGCGACAGAGAAGCAAAGUUUCUCUGGCUUCGUAGGAUGGUCGAAAGUGUCUGACUGGGGGGUCCUUCAAACAAAUUUCUAAAACCACUGGUAC